CCUAUGGCGGAGGACAGCCCGGCGCCGGUAGACUUGGAGAAGGAGUUGUCUUGCUCGAUAUGUACCGACCUUCUAUACCAACCUCUCACCCUCCUUGACUGCCUGCACACUUUCUGCGGUGCUUGCCUCAAGGAGUGGUUUGUCUUCCAAGCCUCCACCGCCACUUCUCUCCACCCAUACACUUGCCCCUCAUGUCGCGCUUCCGUGCGCUCAACCCGCCCGAAUGCGACCGUCACCACAUUGCUAGACAUUUUCGUCCAGGCAAAUCCUCACAGAGGAAAGAGUGAGGAGGACAAGAAAUCCGAUAGAGGGAAAUUCAAAUACGGGGAUAAUGUUCUGCCAAAACUUAGGCGGAGGGGCGGUGAAGAGCAGGACGAGGAUGAUAGGAGGAUGAUGGAGAGCGUGCAGCAGCUGAGCUUGCAGGAAGUUGGUAUUGAGCCAAGCUCCGGGAGGAAUAAUCUGGAGCCCCCUAGAGAAAGAAGGAGACGGGAAAGAAGUCGCGAAGCGAGAAAUCAUAGCUCAGAUAUGAGGAGGAGCAGAGAUGAGGGUCGUUCGGCCAGCAGGAGUGCCACGGCUACUCCUUCUUCAAGGGAUGCUGUCCCCCCACGAGUCGUCGAACAUCAAUCGAGUCUAAGGUCGCUACUAAGCGCUUCGGAGCUGGAUUCACAGGAGAUGGAGGAAGAAAUUAUGCGCCAGAUCAUGGAAGAUGGCCUGUUGGACGGGAUUGAUUUGAACAACAUCGAUGUCGCGCAGGAAGAUGAGAUCAGCGAGAGAAUAGCCCAGGCAUACAGAAGACGGCAGACACAAAGGCAACGCGAAAGGAGGGAGAGAAGGGAGAGAUUGGCAAGAGAUGGGCAAAUCAACUCUGGAUAUUCAACGCCCCCCGAAAUUCGCAGCCCACCAGCCCGGGAUGAUGAGCAACGGCGUAGGCCACAGGGGCGGCCUGAAAGUGGUACAUCUACGCCUCGUGAUAGGGAAAGAAGUAACCGUCCGCCAAUAUCUCGUCCUGGUCUUCUUGAUGUUGCGAAUCAGGGUGCCCAACCACGCCACGCUCGUUCGUCGAGCCAGGGCAGCUCCAGGUCUGCUAGAAGUGAGCACCGACCUGCUCCCCUUGCAGUAUCCUCCCGUCAAACACCUAGCCAGUCGCAGACCGACCUUGGUACCCGACGGCCAGACUAUGAUUCACCAAAUCCCGGCCGGAGGCGCCAAUCCGACAAUCAGCAGCACAGUACCUUGGCAGAACGACAGCAAUUUCGCAAUAGUGUCCAAACGAGUUCGUCCUCGAAUCCAAGCUCACCAAGACGAGCGGCUUUCAAUGUGACCGCGGCCGAGAGCGUGGUAAGUAAUACAGCCGUAGUUGCUUCCCCGAUUUCAUCACCUCUGGCCAAUACUCCCCCCAUAUCAUCUCCGGGCCCAGUAUCAAAUUCGCGACGAACGACCGAUCCAGUAGGAUUGUGGCAUUCGCGACGCACGGGUAAUGGAACUCCCCCUGCAGUCAACCCGUCUACACUACCUCGCGCCACUACAGACCCGUCUACCGCCGAAGCUCAAGCACGACCUAAUACAUUGAUGGCAACGGUAUCACAUUCCUCCUACCUAGAACCACAUAUAGUGUGCCGAUCGUGCAACAAGGACCACCUAGAAUAUGAAUUGCAUUACAACUGCUCCCGUUGUGAUGAGGGCGCCUUCAAUCUUUGUCAGCCGUGCUACCGUGCCGGCAGAGGAUGCAAACAUUGGUACGGUUUUGGGUGGGCGGCUUGGCCAGCGUACCAGAAAAGGAGUCCACCCGGAGGAUACCCUCCUUCCUACGAGUAUCCGCACAUAAUGCGCGGUCAUCGAUUUAGGCGACCACAAAGCCAGCUGAAGAGUAGCAACUCUCACCCCGGCAGACUUAAAAGUGAAGACGAACCCAGUCAUAGACUCGAAGAGGGCGUGUUCUGUGAUAUGUGCUCGGCAUGGGCAAAUGCAUGUUAUUGGAAAUGCGAUUACUGCAAUGAGGGAGAGUGGGGGUAUUGCAAUGACUGUGUAAAUCAAGGUCGACAUUGCACUCACGCACUACUUCCCAUCACUCACAUUGUAAACAAGAAAACGCCUCCACCGUCUGCCGCCCCAGCUGCAGAUCCGCCUUCGACUCCCCAUCUCACGCCCUCUAAUGUCACAAACGAGUCGACCACGUCACCGCCGCUGACGCCAAAGUCGGCUUCCGUGAUAGGAGGCCCGGGUGAAGUCACGCUGGCGAAUUCGAUCUACCGUCCCCUGACAUUUACGGUGCUAUGUAAUAUGUGCACUUAUCCCAUUCCGCCCUCUCAUACCCGAUAUCACUGCUCAACAUGUAACGACGGCGACUAUGAUAUCUGCAGCCCAUGCUACAAGAAGCUUGUAUUAGUUGGGCGAAUCAAGGAGACGAAUGGCAUGAAUGGGUGGCGUCGAUGCCUACGUGGGCAUCGAAUGAUUGUAGUCGGAUUCGAAGACAGAGAUGGCGGACAACGCCGCGUCGUGGUACGCAGUCUCGUAGGCGGCGUAUCUCUACGAGAAGACGAGUCCUCAUCUUCACAUAAUCAAGACACAAGCUUCAAUAACAGCGGUAACAACACCCCCAGCACAACCACGACAAAUGAAAUACCAUCAUCGAUGCACCGCGAAGAAAAAUGGACAUGGCGCGAACACGACGGCUCGCGACAGCACGCCUCGUCUGUUUCCGCUACUACACCAUCUGCUCCCCACACUUCCCAGCGGCGCUAUCCUCCCGAUGGAGGCGUUGGUCUACGCCUUCAGGCUCGGUGGUCGUACUAUCCCGCGCCAGAUGCAAACGAUGAAUUGCUAUUCCCCAAGUUUGCGGAAAUCACCGAAGCGGAAGACAUCAAUGGCGAUUGGUUUUGGGGCGUGUAUGCUGGUUCCAAGGGGUUGUUUCCGGGUGGGUAUGGAAGGAUUAUUGGGGGAAAUGCGGAGAGGCAGGGCUUAGUUUAG